UACAAGGUAUUACUCACAUUAGUCAUUAUAUAUACUUGAUAUUUUAAAAAUACCUUUAAAAAGUAAUAAUUAUAUAGUAUAUACCCAUACAUACAUACAUAGGUACUUACAUACGGUCCGUACGUAGCAAUACAUACAUAGGUACAUACGGAUUUAAUAUAUUUAUUAUUAUUUUAUAUUUCAGCUAUGGAUGAUAAAAGGUGUAAUUGGGCUCGUGGUAAAGUUCUAGGCGGGUCCAGCGUUUUAAACAAUAUGUUGUAUGCGCGUGGAAACCCAAAUGACUAUGAAAACUGGCUGAAACAAGGUAAUUUAGGUUGGGGGUACAAUGACGUGCUCCACUACUUUAAAAAAUCGGAGGACAACAAAGACUCGUCCUUAGCGCGUACCCCGUACCAUUCGGCUGGUGGCUAUUUAACGGUGUCGGAAGCGCCAUACAAAACUCCAUUAGCUGAAGCGUUCAUCUCGGCUGGACAAGAAAUGGGAUACGAUAUACAUGACAUCAACGGCCAAAAUCAAACGGGUUUUAUGAUACCACAAGGCACCAUCAGAAAUGGUUCGAGGUGCAGUACGGCGAAGGCAUUUUUGAGACCAGCCAGACUGCGAAAAAACUUGCACGUGAUCCUCAACACGAUGGUCACACGCAUUAAAAUUGAUCCUAUAACAAACGUCACGUUUGGUGUUGAAAUGGUAAAAAAUAACAUAACAUAUUACGUGCAGGUGCGUAAAGAGGUACUGCUAUCAGCAGGACCUAUUAAUUCUCCACAGCUACUUAUGCUAUCGGGCAUAGGUCCUAAAAAACAUCUUGCAGAAAUGGGUAUACCCAUUAUUUCCGAUUUAAGCGUCGGGAAAAAUCUACAAGACCACAUAGGAUUUGGUGGUCUGAUGUUUUUGAUCGACAAAAAGAUGUCACUAACGCACAAGAGAAGGGAAAACCUCAAUUCGUUACUCAGCUAUGCGUCGAUGGGCGAAGGGCCGCUAACGGUCAUGGGUGGUAUAGAAGGAAUGGCGUUUAUUAAUACAAUAAGCAGCAAUCUAUCAGAAGACUUACCAGACAUCGAAUUGAACAUAAUGUCCGGUUCUUCCGUUUCUGGUAUUGGUGGAAUUAAAACGUGGAAAGCUCACGGACUAAAAGAAAUGUUUUAUCAAUCAAUGUAUAAAUUGACUCUUGACAAAGACGUUUGGUCUGUUAUACCAAUAUUGUUGAAGCCCAAGAGCCGAGGCGAAAUACUGUUGCAGAGCACCAACCCAUUCGAGUAUCCCAAGAUCUUUCCUAAUUACUUGACGGACAGGGAGGAUUUGGACACGCUGGUGAGGAGCGUCAAGUCUGUGUUUGAUAUGUCCCGGACCGGGUCUCUCCUUAAGUUGGGCAGCGAUCUGCAUGACGUACCGUUCUGCAGUUGUCAGACCUUGCCGUGGCACACUUACGCCUACUGGGAAUGCAUGAUCCAGCACUACACCGUUUCCACAUACCACCCUGGCGGUACCGCCAAGAUGGGUCCCAAGUGGGAUAAGACCGCCGUGGUGGACCCAACGCUUCAGGUGUACGGCGUCUAUGGACUUCGGGUGGUGGACUCAUCCAUCAUGCCCACGCUAGUCGGCGCCAACUCCAACGCACCGGUCAUAAUGAUUGCUGAGAAGGCAGCUGAUAUGAUCAAGGCUACAUGGCGUAAUGAGAUACCGAAACAUAACUAUAAUGAUAAGAUUGCAUUGUACCCGAGGAUAUACCAAAGAAUAUAA